AUGCCAUCAUCCACUCUGUCCUGUAAACCUAUUGAUCUAAAACAGUGGUCUUCCGGGUGUGGCCAAUCAACAGCAUCAGUGUCACCCAGGAGCUGGAUUCUUUCUCAAAACCCAAAGGCCCAGUCCAGCCAUGAGAAGAUAUCAGACAAACCCAAAUUCAGGGAAGUUCUACAAAACACUAACCAGUACUCUUCAAAGUUCUCAAAGUCAUGA